AUGCGUCCUCUUUUCGUCUCUCUCCUUGGUAUUACAGCAAUUCUUGCAGCAGAUACUACUGAUUAUGAUUUUCUUUAUAACACUCAACUCUUUGGAGAGUUAGAGCUGUUCAUUGACAGACCUGAUGUGCUGUCUGACUUUGCUGUCUACGAUACUAUUACAUUAGACUCUCCAGCUCAAACAUCAUAUGACGCUUAUAUUAUCCACAAGUAUGGGAGUCAAAUUUUAUCUAUCUAUAGUGAGAAUGGAUACACUGGUACUGGUAUUUUUGGGUAUUUCUCAUUGAAUCCUUCUGCGUUGCUUCCUGCAACAACAUAUGUUGAGAAUGAAACAGAAACAGAUUCUUCCAAGGCUUCGGGUGGUGCAACCACUGGGUCAGGUAGUACUACCACUGGUUCAAGUAGUGCCAGGUCUGGUGUCACUUCUGAAACUGCAUCCUCGGGUGAUGCCACCACCGCUGGUUCAGGUAGUACCGGGUCUGGAUCCACUUCUAAUGCUGCAUCCUCAGGAUCCAGUACUUCUGCUGGCGGUGGCGCUGGGGACAGCAAUGCCCCAUUAUUGGCUGUGGGGGCUGUUCUUGGAGCCUUGCCUUUCUUUUUGAUAUAG